AUGUCCCAUCCACAUAAAGAGGACAUCCGUGGUCAACUCUCUGAUAUCCAGAAAAAGCUUUUUGGAAGCAACAAAGAGAAGGCCACGGCUCCGUUACAGCUGCCUGAUGCAACGCAGGGUGCAAGACAACCACCGGGUCUGACGGGCAGCAGCUCUUCAGUGCCUAGAUUGAGACAAAAAUCGUCUUCAUCUCAUUUGGGGAAAUUGAGCAACUCGAAUAGACAAAACACGUUAGUUCCACAGCCUGCUCCAGCAUUAGGACCCGAAUCGAAAGGCCAUGACAUGAACUUCGUGGUGGGUUUGAGUGAGAACUUGCUUACAGAAUGCCGUCGAUUGACUGCUGAAAACAACAAGUACAAGACCAAAUUGAAGGGAGCUGCAGAGGAGCUCGCCAAGUACAAAAACCAGGUUGUUUCAUUGACCAACUCGCGUUCCUUUGCUGCAAGCAACGAGGAGCAGUUGAAGGAUAAGAACUGGGAGCUCGAGGCUACAGUGACGCAUCUCAACGAGGAGAUUGAACAACUACGCAUCACAAACGACAAGCUCGUCAAGUCCACGAACGAGUCAACUUUACGCAUUACAUCCAUUCAGAAGGAGAAUGACGAGCUUCGUCUCCAGCAUAACAAGUUGGAUUCAGAUUUGCAUAAGUCCAGGGAUUCUUACGAGAAAGAAAUUGCUGAACUUAACUCACGUAUCAGUCUGCUCAAUGACGAGAACGACCUCCUUCUCGUGAAAACGACGGAGAAGGCUGCAAAGGGCCCAACCGAGCCCGCCCCCAUCGUCGAGAAGAAAGCCAAGUUUCAUGACAUCCUGACCUCAGAAGACCUAGACCCUGUUGACCUAGACAGCAUUCUCACUGCAUCGGAAGCACUUCCUCGCGAGCCAGACUCGGGUUCUUCCAACACAGAGCUUCGGGUGGAGACCCUCAAGGCUAACCUCGACCAUGCCCACAAAAUGGUGGCCAAGUUGAGGGGUGCUUUGCUCAAAACUAGGUUUGAGAACCAAAGCCCUCUGACAAGGGAGACUCCUCGCAGCAGCAAGAAGUCGAAGCAGAAGGAUUUCUUCCCCCCACCCUCCAACCGCUCAUCUGCAAUUUAUUCACCGGCAAAGAGAAACUCCAAGUUUCUCGUGUUAGAUGAUGAGAGUGGUGACAGUUGGCCUCAAGAUGAGAAAUGGGAAGAUUAUAUCGAGACAGUGCGCCGUCUUGAAAGCUGGGACGAUGAUAGCCCUCAAAAAACGCAGCCAGAUGUUCCUCCUCUAGAUGACUCCGAGUCCUCUUCCGACUCUGAAACUGAAGAUACGACUCGUGCCAAGAGAGACAUUCGCCUGGAAUUGAGCAACGUUGCCGGGUUGACUGACGAGCAAGUUCAGAAAUAUGCUAAGGAUAAUCACUUAGUUCUUGUUCAACAGGAUGAGUAUGCCAAAUUGCAGUAUAAUGACGUUAAUGACAUUUCAGAGGAGAGACUCAAGGGUGUGACAGAAAUCAGAGGUCUUGUUUGUUUGAGCAAAAAGGAAUACAACCGCCUUCUUGAUGAGGAGGAAAUGAAACUUAAACUUAAAGAGCGAGGCCUUGUUACAAUCGAUUCCCAAGAAUACGAAACUGUCACGAAAGAUGCGACAUCUUACCUCAAUCCUAAGGUUGACUAUCUCACCGCUGCACUUGAAAAGCAUGGCUUACAGACUAUCGAGUCGGAAUACCUAGAAGUCCUCAAGAAGAAUGAGGAGCUUGUCUCCCGCCCGUCAGAGUCAUACUUGAGGUCGAAGUGUAAAGAGGCUCAAUUGCAUACCCUAACGAAUGAUGAAUUCAAAAAUCUCAAGAAACUAGAGGCGGAUCACCUUAACCCCGAUAAAGCCUAUCUCACUGAAAAGGCUAACGAACUUGGUAUGAUUCUCACUUCAUCUGCAUUCUAUGACGAGCUUGUGGCGCGUGCUGACGAGCCCACCGCUGAGCAAAUUAUUGAGCAUGGUUCCAAGAGAAAUCUUCAUGUAUUGGAUCAUGAGAAGCUUCAAGCUCUUCAGUCUCCUCUGUUGAACGAUUGGAAGGCCAAGGCAGCUUCUUACAACUACACUGCAAUUCCUUCCGCUGAGCAUGAUAAGCUCCUGAAGUUGGCAUUCGAGCCAACACUUGACAGCUUGAAGUCUCAUCUUGGCAAACACGACCAUGUUGUUGUGCCAAGAGGCGACUUCGAGAAACUAAAUGCGAAUGCCAAUCAACCUCUGUUGUCACAUCUUCAAGAAAAAGCCAAGGCACAACUGUACAGCGUUAUACCCACUGAAGAGUUAGACGGCUUGAUUACUAAGAUUGACAAUCCUACGAUUGAAUACAUCAAGGAAAAAGCAACUGGUCACAAAAUCAUUGAGAAUGGGCAGUUCAUGUCUCUUCUCCAAAAAGCACACGAGCCAUCUCUUGCUCAGGUUCAAACUCACGCCGAGAAGCACGACUUGGUGACAAUGGAUAAAUCCGAGUAUGCCGAUCUUUACAAAACUUUCAACGAUCCCUCUUUCGAUUUCCUUAAGUCCAAGGCAGUCAGUAAAGGCUAUCAGUUGUUGAAGUCCGAUGAAUUGCAUCGUCUCCGCGAUAUCGAACAUGCACCAUCUCGUGAAUUUAUUGCAUCAAAAGCAAAUGACAUGGAUUGCUCUGUAAUCAAUAAAUCUGAGCUCAAAAACCUCGAGGAAUUGGCCGAAAACCCUCCUCUCGAACGUGUUAAAACUCUUUUGACAGGUUUUGGACUUUGUGCUAUUGAAUCAGACCAGCUUACAUCUUUGCACAAACAAUUGAACGAGCCAACCUUCGAAGAAGUCUCGGAAAGAGCUAAGAGUGUUGAAUCUAUCAUUUUGAAAACCUCAGAGUAUGAGGAAAUCAAGCAUGCUGCUGCAAACCCAAGCAUGGAGCUCAUCGACACUAAGGUUACCGCAGACGGCUGUAUAAUAGUUCCGAAGGGAGAGUUUGAAGAUCUCAAGAAAAUCGCAGAGGAGCCAUCCUUGGAGAUUAUUGAAGGUCAGGCUGCAAAGAUCAAUAUGCUGGUCAUACUGAACAAUGAGCUCGAGAACCUUCGAACAGAGGUUGAAAAUCCAGGAGUCGAGACUUUAGAGAAACACGCCGACAAACACGACAAAUUGUUGUUGUCUAAGACUCAGUUUGCAGAAUUAGAGAGACGUGCUCAGGAUCCAUCCUUAUCCGAGCUAAAGGAGCAUGCCGAGCGUGCAGAUCAUGAAGUCCUACCAGUUAUGGAGACCCAAAAACUCAGGAAAAACCUCAAUGAACCAAGCUUAGAUUUUAUUCAGUCGCAUGCAUCGAGGUUGAGUCAUGUUUUGCUUUCGUCUUCCGAUCAUGAAUCUUUGACAGAGACUUCGAGAAACCCAUCAUUAGAGAAGUUGAAGGAAAGAGCAGAGGCUUUGAAUUACGUUGUUUUGGAAGCAGAUGCUUACAAAAAAUUGAAGCAAGAUGCCAUUGAACCAUCAAUUGAACUCCUUCGCAAGCAUGCAGCUGCUCACUCGCAUGAAAUGAUUUCUCAAGAAGAAGUCAUGAGUAUGAGAAAAACUAUUGACGAGCCUGAACUUGAAUUCAUUCAACAACAUUCCUCACGCUUGAAACAUACGGUACUUACCCAUGACGAGUACGCAGCCCUCAAGACCGCAGCUGAGGAACCUUCGCUCAGUACGAUCGAAAGACAAGCGGCAGCUCUCGAUCAUGCUCUUGUUAAGGCUGAGGACUUCGCAGCCUUAAGGAAGGCGGCUUUGGAACCAGAUGUGCAAGAGCUUUCAUCACAUGCCAAGCGUCAUGAGCUUUUGCUUAUCAGUGCAGUGGAACAUGAAGAACUCACCAGGAAGGCUACGACGCCGAAUGAUGGAGAGCUUCGGAAAUUUGCCGAGGGAAGCGAUUACGUGUUGACAAAGAAGCAUGAGUUUGAGCAGCUCCAGCAGCAAUUGCAUCAACCUGCAAAGUCUUAUUUGGAUGAAAAGGCAAGUGAGAUUAAGUUUAGAUUGAUUGCGGAGGACGACUUUGAAAAUCCUUCAGCGGAGUAUCUUGAAUCAAAGGCAGCUAAACUCAAUAAGCGUGUUGUUUCAGAGGAUUCUCUCAACAAUUUGGAAACCCUUGCGAAGCAGCCAUCUUUGGAACAUAUCAUUGAACAAGCUGGUAGGUUGGAGCAAGUGGUUGUUAGCAAGUCGGAGUAUGAGAAUCUUCUUAAAGAAGCAAAGGAACCUACUUCCACUGCAAUUACCUCAAAGGCGUUGGCACUUGGGUUAUCUGCCAUUCCUUUGGCGGAAUAUAACUCUUUGAAGAAGACCUCGGAGAACCCUGAUCCUACUUGGAUCGCCAAGGAAGCCGAAAAGCGUGGAAAUGUUGUCAUAGAGAAGAAGACUCUUGACGAAUUACGCACGCUAGCUCAUCAGCCAGGCGUUGAUCAUUUGACAAAGUUGGCCAACGAAAAGGACAAAUGCUUGAUUGACAUAACUCAUUUUGAUGAUCUUGAGAGACGGGCACAAGAGCCCACAUUGGAUGAAGUGAAGGCGUUUGCUAUCAAACACGAGGGAGAGUUCAUGCGUAAGCAAGAUGCUGAAACUCUUCGCCUGCUAGCCAACUCACCUGAUAUUGACGCUGUCCGCGAGCAUGCUAUGAAGCACGAUCACGUUCUUUUGCCAACUUCUGAGUACAGGGCCCUUAGUAGUCCUGAUGUUCUGAGGUUAUCGGAACUCGCCCAACCACUUAAUGUGUCCCUAAUUGCGAACCAUGAGCUCGAAUCUUUGAGACAGUUAGCACAUGAGCCACAGAUUGGGGAUCUUUCAGAGAGGGCGCUUAAGCAUAACCAUAGUGUUGUUCCUACUCAGGUAUAUGAGAGCAUUUUGUUGAAGGCAAAUACUCCAGAUAUCGAUCAUUUGAAAAAUCGUGCAGCCUCUCUUGAUCAUGCGGUGAUCAAAAAGUCCGACUACAAGAGGUUGCUCGGGUUAGCAAGUACCCCGGAUGUGGAUCACGUUAAAAAGCAAGCUACUCGUUUACAGUUGGAGCUCGUUCCCAAGGAAGAGUUGGUUUCUCUCAAGAAGUUUUAUUUCCCAGAUGUUGACUCUCUCAAGGAGGGAAUCUCCAAGCAUGGCAUGGUUGCUGUUCCUACCACAGAAUUUGAAAAGCAUCUUGAGGAUAAGGAGAGGCUCAACACCAUGAAGCUUGUGACUCACGACGAGUAUGACAAUUUGCUUUCAAUCACUAAAGAUCCUUCUAUGGCCUUUUUGGAGGAAAACGCUGAUCGGGUUGACAAGGCUUUGAUCAGCAAAGCUGAACUUGAACGUUUGUAUCAUAACGACGAAGAGCCGGAUAUUGACUUUUUGACGAGACAAGCGGAAAGACAGGGAUAUCAGCUUGUUGCGGAUGAUGAGUAUCACCUGCUUAAGGAAACCUCAAGCUCUCCAUCACUUGAUUUCCUUCUCACUAAAGCGCAAAAUGCUGGUCAAAGGGUUAUUUCACAGGAGCAGCAUGACGAGAUGACCAGAACUGUUGAGAAUCCGUCGAUUGAACACCUCAAAGUGAGAGCAUCUCAGAAGCAGAUGUCUUUGAUCUCGAGUAAUGAGCUCCAGAAACUUAAAGCCACAAUUGAGGAUCCCGGAACCGAAUACUUAUUCCAAAAAGCAGAGCAAAAAUCGUUUAAGCUUCUAUCCUCGGACGAAUAUAAGAAGCUCAUAGACGCCAUUGAAAACCCUUCGCUCGAUUACUUGGAGAAGAAGAGUCAGUUGAAGAAUCAAACUUUGAUCGAAACCGCUGAGCUCACAGAGAUGAGGAAGAAUUUGUCAGAGCCAUCUAUUGAUCUUCUUCGUCAGAAAGCUCUCUCCAAGAACCACACGAUUCUCAAGACUUCCGAUUUCCAGGUGAUGAAGCAAAAAGUUGAUGAGCCCUCCGUCGAUGACUUAUCGGCUCAUGCAUCCUCAAAGGGCUUGGAACUUGUGCCUUCAACUGAUUACAUGUCGCUUAAAGAAUACAAGUCCAAGAGUCUCGAGAAGUUGGCUGAAGAAGAUGGCUUCAAGCUUUUGAGUGCUGCUGAAUAUGAAAAAUUACUUGACGACGCGAAAACACCUUCGCUUGAUAAGAUCAAAACGGUUGCCACCUCUGAAGGUUUUGUCAUUCUCAAGAAGGAUGAGCACAGCAGUAUGAUCGAGAAAAUCGAGUCUCCAGCGCUUGAUCACAUCGAGAACAAGGCAAGAGCCCACAAAUCUCGCGUCAUAAGCGAUGAGUCGUACGACGAGCUUCGUGAACCUUUAUCAGUCAAGAUUGAAAAGGCUGGAAUGAUAGGGUUGGCCAAAGAAGAGUACGAUCAGUUGAAGAAUCCUUCGUUGGAGGCCAUCAAGCUGUUGCCACACGCAAAGGGCUUUGCAUUUGUACCAGAGUCUGAAUUUGCUGUCCUUUCCCGCUCGCUUGAAGCUAAGCUUGAGGACGCAAGCUUGGUGGGUGUACCCAAAUCUGAUUAUCAGCAAUUGCGCGAGUCCGCUGAAUCACCCGCCUUCGAGAAGAUUUGUGAAGUUGCUUCCAAGCAAAAUCAUUGUGUGAUUUCCAAGACAGAGUAUGAUUUGAUUUCCAAAGAUUUGCUGCAGAGAGCACUGGAGCAAGGAAUGACGUUGAUCAAAACAGAAGAGUUGGACGCUCUCAAGUCUAAGAUCGAUUCACCUACAGCUGACUUUUUGAAGAGUGCUGCGAUCUCUGCUGGCAUGAUUGCGGUCACAAAAGAAGAUUUCACCUCAUUGACAGAGAAGGCGAACAAGUCACUCGCAGACCAAGCCCAAGAGCAGUCUCUUGCAGUACUUCCAAGGGUCGAAUAUGAUGACUUGAUGGGCACAAGACAACAGUGCGAGGAGCUCUCGGCGUCUCUCGACGAACUUAAGCGCCAAUACGAAGCGCCCUCGCUUGAUUAUCUUCAUCAGAAUGCUGCUACUAAAAAUUGUGUUGUGGUUGACAACUCCGAGUACGACAAAUUGAAGUCUCUGCAUGAAACAUCAAUUUUCGAUAAAGCAGCUGCUUUGUCGAUGGUAGCAGUGCUGACAGCUGACUUCAAGAAGCUCAAGAGCAGUGCUGAUGAGUCGAUCGAAGAUCACGCCUCAAGAAAAGGAUUGACCAUCAUAAAGCCUACUGAGUUGGCAGAGUUGAAGAAGAAGAGCGAGCAUCCCUCGGCUGAAACUGCAAGAGCUGUGCUUCAAUCAGAAGGAAUGACUAUUCUUCCUACAACUGAACAUGACGUGUUGAAGGAAAGGGCCAGUCGUACUGUCGAAAGUCUCGCAGACGAAGCUGGCAUGAUUUUGGUUUCCAAAGAUGAUCACGAAAGGAACGCCAAACAAUUGAGCGAGCCAUCAGAACAUUUUAUCAAGACGAACGCUGCCGCUUUAGGCUUUUGUUGCAUUGAGAGCGCCGAGCUUGAAAAGUUGAAGAAGGAGGCAUCUCUUUCUGCUGUGGAGAAGGCACAAAUGUCAGGUUUGGCAACCAUUGGAAUGGACGAGCUCAAGGAUUUGAGAGCAAGGCCAGCAGUUGAUACUAUCGAUGAUCUUCAGCGUAUUGCGGAGACUCACGACAGCACAGUGGUUUCCAAGGCCGAAUUAGAUGACUGGAAAGCUAGAGCAAACCGUUCUGUUGAGGAACAGGUUGAAGGAACAGGUAAACUUUUGAUCGCGUCAGAAGAGUACGAUGCUUUGCUUUUGAAAGCGAAUAAGCCAUCCUUCGAAUUGUUGACAAUGCACGCUGAGAAAAAGGGACUCACAUUGCUUCCUUCUGAUGAGCUUGAGGAAUUGAAGACCAAGUCGGCGGAAACCCUCGAGGAGAAAGCCGAAAAACAAGGUGUUGCAUUGAUAGAGAGACCACGCUUGGAGGCAUUGGAAGCGUCAUUGAAGAAUCCUCAAAAAGAUGAACUUAUUUCAAGGUGUGAUGCAUUGGGUCUUUCGGUAAUCGAGGUAAAUGAGUUGGAAGAAUUGAAGAAUAAGGCGAGUGUCGACUUUGAAGGGCAGAUAGAGGCUGAGGGUAAGGCGAUUAUCUCUAAAGAGGAGAUAGCUCUGUUGAGAGAAGCUGCCAAUAAAUUGGUUACCCCCGAAGAAGCGAGAGCGGUUCUCGUGACAGGUGGUUUCAAGGUCUUUACGGAGGAUGAGUUCACACGGGAAUUAAGUUCUAAGAUCCCUGAACCACUUGGAUAUGGAGAGAUGAUAAGUGCUUUGGAAACAGAAGGUUAUUCUGUGAGUAAAGCGGACGACGAGUUCAGAGACGCCAAUGACUCCUUUGCAUUAGAUGUGACAGAGUUGAAGUGCAGUGCUGAUAAAUUGAACAAGGUCGUUGUCGAUCGCGAGGAAUACGAACGAAUGUUGGAAAGCUCCGAAAAGUUGAAUGACAAGGAUCUGUUUAGCAAGGCAGGUGCGGCACUCGGUUUGUCUGUAUUGAGUUCCGGUGAAUUUUUGAAGUUCAAGCAGAGUUUGGCAGAGAAAGACUCUAGAAUUCACGAGUUAUCAAGGAAGGCUGAUACCCAGUUGUCCAAGGAGGAUCUUGCUAGAGAGCUGGACAAGCUUGGUUUAGUGGUGGUACGUCAAGACGAGUACGCUACUUUGAAGGAUAAAUUGACCAAUCUCGAGGCUAGUCAAGAGAAUGUUAUGACUGAAGAAGAGAUCAGCAAGAGAGCUGGAGACUUGGGUCUUUCAGUGGUCUCCGCCACCGAAUUGCACAAGAUGAAGAGAUCGCUGAUGAUUGAAUCUGACGUCGGACAAUUGAGACAAGCUGCCAAAAACCUCGGUAUGAUCUGCGUUCCACUGUCGGCAGCAGCUUCAAAUGCUGUAGCUGCUGAUGCAGAAUCUGGAUCAGUGAAGCUUCUUCCUACCUCGGAGUACAACAGCCUCAGGGAUAGCAACAUUGACACAAUUUCGGAUGAAAAAUUCAAGACUUACGCUGAAAGAAGAGGCUUCAAGCAUGAAUCGAUGUUCCCAGUGUUGCCAGUGGGUGAUGAUAUUCAGGAAAUGUCGGAGACUUCACCAUCGUCAAGACGUACUACUGGAGGUAUUCCUCAGUCCAGAUCGGUGGGCUCAAACUUGACGAUUCAUUCCAGGGCAAGCAUGCUCGAUUCAAUCACAGGAAUGUCUGUUGCAAGUAACAUUUCGCUCACCGAUAAGUCGAUGAUCCCAGUCAUUACCCAAGUGCUUAUUGGAGAGUAUUUGUUCAAAUACUACAGAAAACUUGGUCCUCUCAGUUCAAUUUCGUCGACAAGACACGAGAGGUACUUCUGGGUGCACCCAUACUCAUUGACGCUUUAUUGGUCCACUUCGAACCCUGUGUUGAAGAAUCCUAAUGCUUCAAAGAGUAAAGCCAUUGCAAUCUUGGGCGUGGAGAGCGUUGAGGACAACAACCCAAUUCCAGUUGGUCUUUACCAUAAGAGUAUCAUUGUGCAUUCGCAAACCAAGUCUGUGAAGUUCACUUGUUCAAACAGACAAAGACAUAACAUCUGGUACAACUCGCUCCGGUACUUGGUGCACCGCAACAUCAAUGAAUUGGAUUUUGGUGGUCGUCAUCACCAUAAGAAGGAUUCACCCGAGGCUGAUCACAGCGAUGAGGAUGACGAUGACGGUGAUGAGCUUCCAGACAUGACAUUCGAUGCUUCUAACAGACAAGCAUUGCCCAGAUCGUCCACGAUACUGAGAAGCUCGUCACUUGGAAGAUUCAUGAGUUUGAAGAGAUAG